AUGGCUACUCUUCCUACAACAGAUUUGCAGUCCAUUAAGCCUUUCAAAACAUGCUGGCGGGUACAAGUCAAGAUUGUCCAUUCAUGGAAGCAGUUUACACUUUACGCUGGGGAGACCUUGGAAAUGGUUCUAGCUGAUGUUUCUGGUACACUCAUUCAUGCCACAAUCAAAAAACAACAGCUUGGAAAGUUUCAGAGAUUGAUUGUCACUGGCGAAUGGAGGAUCUUUGAGAAUUUUGUAUUGACCAAGGCAAUGGGAAGAUUUCGAGUCACCAAACAUGUUUAUCGAAUGUCAGUGAUGAACAUUACAUCGAUCGUGCCGUGUGCCUCACUCUCCAGCGACAUCUACUUAGACUUGAUUGAUUUUGGAAAAAUCCACAACGAUGAAUCGUUGAAUGAAAACAUUUUUAUUGAUGUACUUGGACAAGUUGUCAACGUUGGUGAAAUGAAAAUUCAUAUUGAGAAAAAGAAGUUGGAGUUCGAACUAAGAGACACCAAUGAUAUCCGUUUAGCAUGCACAUUAUGGGGAACAUUUGCGGAGAAAUUAUUGGCCGCAAUCGAGCAAGAUCGUGAAAGAUCAAUAUCAAAUGGUUUUGAUGCUUCGUUGCUGGAGAUAGAUCCAUAUUUGCCCGCUGUCCACGACUUCAAAGAAAAGUAA